CUUACUGCAACUAAGAGAUAACGUGAACCUAUGGGAUUGCUUCCUGAAAUUUCAGCAGCAGUCUUUAUGACUGGCAUGUUCGCGUUUUUCCUAUUUCUCUACUGCUUACUAAAAAUCCUAAAAGAGAAAAUAUCCAACAAAAAACCCCAACCACCACAACCUAAGGGUGCAUGGCCAGUUCUUGGUCACCUCCCUCUGUUAUCAGGACCACUAGAACCCCAUGUACUAUUGGGCAACAUAGCUGACAAGUAUGGUCCAAUUUUUAUCAUCAAGUUGGGAGUGCGUCGAUCCUUAGUUAUAAGCAGUUGGGAGUUAGCCAAAGAAUGUUUUACUACCAACGACAAAAUCCUUGCCAACCGUCCCAGUUUUCUUGCAGCAGAAGUAAUGGGAUAUAACAGUGCCAUGUUGGGAUUUAGUAGUUACGGCCAGUACUGGCGCCAAAUGCGAAAGAUAACCACACUUGAGCUUCUCUCGAACCAUCGACUUCAGAUGUUCAAGCACGUUCGUGAGUCCGAGGUUCAAUCUGGAAUAAGAGACAUAUAUCAGAAACAGAGCAAAGACGGUCUUGUUGUUGUGAAAAUGAAACAAUGGUUUGCAGAUGUAACACUUAAUGUUAUUUUCAGGAUUAUAUUCGGAAAAAGAUAUGUAAAUUGUACGGUAUUAGAAGAAGAAGAUGGAGAUCAUAGCGAUCAAUGGCGAGAGGCCAUUAGGAAUUUCUUUGUUUUGAGUGGAAAGUUUGUUGUGGCUGAUGCGCUUCCGUUUUUGAGGUGGUUGGAUGUGGGUGGAUACGAGAAAUCUAUGAAGAUAACAGCUAGAGAGCUCGAUGUUGUUGUCCAAAGUUGGUUAGAUGAGCACAAGAGAAAAAAAGCUUUGUCAGGUAGCAAGGUGAAUGGAGAAGAAGAUUUCAUGGAUGUUAUGCUUUCCAUUCUUGAGGAUUCAGAGGAGCUUCUCUCUGUUGAUGCUGAUACCGUUAAUAAAGCUACAUGUCUGGCUCUUAUAUUAGCGGCCUCAGGUAGCACUAAAGUCUCACUGGUGUGGGCUUUAGCCAUAUUGGUAAAUCAUCCUGAGAUCCUGAAAAAAGCCCAACAAGAAUUAGAUGCACAUGUUGGCAGAAAAAGAAUUGUCCAAGAAUCAGACAUGAAAAACUUGGUCUAUCUCCAAGCUAUCCUGAAAGAAACACUUCGGCUAAAUCCAUCAGCACCAUUAUCAGUUCCCCAUGAAUCGGCGGAGGAUUGCUCUAUAGGCGGCUACCAUAUUUUGAAAGGCACAAGGCUCAUCGUCAACCUCUGGAAAUUACAGCGGGAUCCGCGUGUUUGGUCGGACCCGUUGGAGUUUAAGCCGGAGAGGUUUCUUACGAGCCAUAAAGAUUUUGAAGUUAGAGGUCAGAAUUUGGAACUUAUACCAUUUGGUAGCGGGCGCAGAAUGUGUCCUGGAAUAUCAUUUGCGCUUCAAGUUAUGGAACUUACAUUAGCUACCUUGCUUCAUGGGUUUGAUAUUACUAUUCCUGAUGGUAAGAAUGUUAAUUUGAAUGCUGGAUUUGGAUUAGAGACGAAUGAUGAAGCCACUCAGCUUGAACUCGUUCUCACUCCGCGUCUUCCUACUCAUCUUUACUCAUAGAUUGGCUCAUUUCCAACUUUAUUUUCUUACAAUUAAAGUGUCUUUGUGAUAUUUGUGAUUGAUAUUAGUGAUGGAUGAUCUGGAGUACGCUUAUGUCCUUUUUCUGUAUCAACUACAACAAUUGUAAUUGUAUGGACAAUAAUCCCUGACAAUUAUUUUCUGUUUCAAGAACAAUAAUUGUAUGGACAAAUAAUUGUAAUUUACUAAUUGCAAGGACAAUAAUUGUAAUUGUUAGGACAAUAAUUGUAAUUGUUAGGACAAUAAUUCCUUACAACCCUUUUUCUGUUUCAAGAUAAUGCUAUAUUUUUUCUUUAA